CGAUAUGAGCAGUUGGUUCUCAUAAAUUGAACUACAACGAAAAGUCGAUGUAUUCCUGUCAACAGUAGUAUUAUGGCAUUAGACAUCAUGAUCGAAGAACUAGAGCAGCAGACGACGGCGCGGCCGGCGUUUCUCACGACUGUGUUCACUCCUGAUGAUGACCACGGUCCAAUCAAGAACGCUACAAACGCCACUAGUGACAUCAACUACUAUUACUUUUAUGACUCGAUCCAGUUCACGGUAAUGUGGGUGCUGUUCGUCGCUAUAGUGGUACUCAACGCCUCUGUGAUCGCCGCCCUACUCUGUACGAAUGCAAGGAAAAGUCGAAUGAACUUCUUUAUCAUGCAACUUGCUAUCGCCGAUCUCUUCGUUGGGCUGAUCUACGUGUUUCCAGAUAUAAUUCAGAAGAUCACCAUUGCGUGGUUGGCUGGAGAGUUUAUGUGCAAAACUGUGAAAUUCCUUCAGGCUGUGGUGAUGUACGCGUCGACGUACGUCUUGGUAGCGCUGAGCAUAGACCGGUGUGAUGCCAUCACGAAUCCCAUGAACUUUUCUGGAAGCUGGAACCGAGCGAGGGCUCUUAUCGUGUCAGCGUGGCUCAUCAGCAUUGUCUUCUCUAUCCCUCUUCUGAUACUGUACGAAGUGAAAGAAGUUCAAGGUCAGAUGCAAUGCUGGAUAGACUUAGGAACCCCUAGACGGUGGCAGAUCUGGAUGUCUUUGAUAUCCAUCAUGAUCUUCGUGCUGCCAGCGUUGACGAUAGCAGCCUGUUACGCUGUGAUAGUCCUCACUAUAUGGACGAAGAGUAAGGCCGUCGUUAUGAGCCCGCCUAUUAAUUCUAGGAGAACCAAGACUAUGAGAAAUGGUCAGGUGGAAAGUGACCCAGAUUCAAGACGAGCCAGUUCAAGAGGACUAAUUCCUAGAGCAAAGAUCAAAAGUGUCAAGAUGACAUUCGUUAUUGUUUUCGUGUUCGUGCUAUGCUGGUCUCCAUACAUCGUGUUUGAUCUCCUACAAGUAUACGACCACAUACCACCGACACAGAACAACUUGGCUAUAGCUACCCUCAUCCAGAGCCUGGCGCCGUUGAAUUCAGCGGCGAAUCCAUUAAUCUGCUGCAUGUUCUCACCACACAUUUACACUAGCCUCAGACGGGUUCCGCCUUACAAGUGGCUGUGGUGCGGUCGACGACGCAAGCGACACGCUCGAGGAACUGUCCGCUCAAGAUCUGACUCAACAGCCAACUCUGAUCUGCUUAGUUCGACUCACGCGAGAAGGUCGCAUUCUGUCGCUACGAUACUAAACCGAGGCCGAAGCAGUAGCAUGACCAGGGCACCAGUAGACACACGACGCACCCAGCUGUUGGUGCUGGUGUCAUCGCGCGACUGACAACGAGCCGUGCACGAGCCCGCUAGAGAUGUAAUGCUCUAGCGCCAGUGCAUGGCGUGUGCACGAUCACACGCCGCUAGUGUGUACAGGGGCAAUCUUUAAAAACCCUGUAUUCAAACUAGCAAGAAAAAAAAAUAAAGGGGUCAUUAACCUCUGGUGACAGUUCAUUAUAAAAGGCAUCUCAAAUCAGCAAUUCCUCUGUGAAUUUUAGAAUGAUUAGAAAAUAAAGAGGUCAAUGACCUCUGAAAAGAGGUCAUUAUAAAAGGCAUAUUAUAUCGUGUAUUUCCUCGGUGAAUCAUUAUAAUCAAUUUGUAUAAAGUAUCGAUAGGUAACGAAUGUGAUCUUUUGUAUUUUCUUGGCCUUAAAAUAUUUUUCAACAGACGAAUAAUAAGGUUCAAAGUUUAAAAAAAGAAUAAGUACAUACAUACACACAUAAUUAAAACAGAUUUUGAACUUAAAGUCAGUAAACUUAAAGUUCUUAUCAGCAUUUUGCAGAACAGUUUGAAGUCUAGUCAUACAUCGAUUAACUUAUUUAUUUUUGUAAUGUAAGGAAAGAUCAAAGCAUUUAUUAUAUAUACAUAUUUCAUUUACAUUAGUUAUAAGUUACAAUAAUAAUAAUAAUAGGAGCAGAUUUUUUUGCCAAAAUUUUCAACGAACUGUGAAAACGACUGUAAGCUAGCCAUAUAUUAGUAAAAUUGGAUUUAAAAAUACACAAAAUAGAAAAA